UGCGGUCUCCUCGUUCUUCAACGCCCAGUCGUCAUCACUCGGAUACUUUCUCUCUCCUCCCACCCCUUACUUCUCUCUCCUUCCCUGAAAAAUCGCUCUUAUCCCAUCGCCAUUGCUAAACCUUUGAACUUGAACCCCUAACUUUAGGGCUUUAGCUUCAAUUUUGGGGGAAAAUUGUAAAACAAUAAAAAAUCAUCAUCAUCUUCUUCUUAAAAAAAAAAAAAUCAUGUUCUAGUAAAGCAUUAGAAAUUUGUUCAAUCGGAAGCCAUGGUUGACGCCAGAGAGAAGAAGUUGAAGAAAGUUGCUGUCACUGAAGAAGACGUCUGCACUCUCUUACAAAGGUAUACGGCGACAACAGUGUUAGCGCUACUGAGAGAAGUGGCGCAGUUUCCGGUGGUGAAGAUUGAUUGGCAGGCGUUGGUUGAGAAUUCGAAAACUGGGAUUAAGACUGCUAGGGAGUGUCAAAUGUUAUGGCGUCAUCUGGCGUAUCGUAAGCCCUUGAUUGAGAGUGUUGAUCCUGAAGAUCAACCUAUGGAUGAUGAUAGUGACUUGGAAUAUGAGUUGGAAGCAUGUCCCCCAGUCAGUGAUGAAGCUGCAAUUGAGGCUUCAAACUGUGUAAAGGUGCUUGCGUCUGGAUUGGCGAACGAGUCAGGUGUCCCCAACAGCUCAACUGCGGAGGGUAGGACACUUAAUGUUCCUUCGUCAAAUGUUCCUUCAGAAAAUCUGCAAGCUGCGGGGACAUUUGGUGAAGGAUUGGAUGCAAAUGGAUUACCAAUCAAUCGGAAGCGAAGAAAACCAUGGUCAGAGGAGGAAGAUCAAGAACUGAUAACUGCAGUUCAAAAAUUUGGCGAGGGGAGUUGGGCGGCUAUUUUAAAAGCAGAAUUCAAGGGGAAUAGAAGUGCAAAUCAGUUAGCUCAGAGGUGGAGUGUUAUUAGGAAGAGACAGGGGAGCUUGAAUAUUGGAGGGACCAAAAUAGCUAUCCCACAACUUACGGAGGCUCAGCUGGCUACUCGUCAUGCACUUGACAUGGCUUUCAAGGACAUAUCAACUGGUUGCGGCACUGUUGGUAACGAAACUACCGGUACUAAGACACCCAAAACAAUUGCGCCGAAAUCAGAAUUGCCAGUUUCUGGAGCUACUGUCCCACCUUCAAAACAACAUCCCUCGCCACUCACCUCCACAUCAGCACUGAAAUCGGCACCACUGGCUUCCACGCCCAAGUCUCGUCCUCAGAAAAAGGCAGCACAACCCAAUAUCAGUGCAGAUUCCAUUCAUGCUGCUGCAGUAGCUGCUGGGGCCCGAAUUGCCAGUCCCUCAGAUGCUGCAUCUCUAUUCAUGGCUGUACAGUCUAAAAAUGCAGUUCAUAUUAGAGGAGGUAGUUCUUUAAUCAAGACUUCUGCUGCAAAAAGUUCAAGUCCUCUACCUCCUAAUGUACAUUUCAUACGAACUGGGUUAGCUUCAACAUCUACUUCUACUGCAACUGCAUCCUUAAGUGCAGGUCAACAAGCCAAGGGUAGUUCUGUAUUAAGCCCCCCCGUUCCUCCAGCUGCAGUGGUGUCUCAGCCUCCCGUUCCUCCAGCUGCAGUGUCUCCCGUUCCUCCAGCUGCAGUGGUGUCUCAGCCUCCCGUUCCUCCAGCUGCAGUGUCUCAGCCUCCCGUUCCGGCAAAAACCACGUCUGCUGCAGGAAUGGAGCGAAUUAAUGCUGCCCAACAGAUGGAAAAUAGAACUUCAACUGUUGUUAAAGUUCAAAGUUCAGACACUAAACCAGCAACUAGACUACAAGAAGAUAAAAAUCCUUCUCUUCCUCAAUGUUUGCCAAAAACACAACUUGAUAAGUGUCAGGCAACAACUUCUGAUGCAGAUGUUGUGAGUGUUGGUAAACAAAUUGCUGAUGUUGGCAGUUCUCAAUGUGAAACUAUUAAGACUGUUGCCAGGAAUGAACAGAAAGAUGAUGGUUGCAAACAGGUUUCAGAUAAUGCAGUUGUUAAAAUUGUUAAUGAGAAUCUCUCUGUUGUUGUUCAGACUCUUCAGAGUACAACAGUUCCAACAACCGGGGUUGAUGGGGUUGCUGAAAAUGUGAAUGGUACACAUGAAGAUCCAACAACAGAGGUUGACGGGGUUGCUGAAAAGAUGAAUGAUUCGAGAAAUAUCAAAAUAUCUAACCAAACUAGGUUAUAGUACUGCUGUCAGGUCAAAUUAUGUAAAUGUCUUUUAUCUUUCUCUGUUUUUUUUUUCUGUCUUUGUGUUUAUUGAUCGUGAUCGAUAUUCUGUUAGGGUUCCAUGUGAAAUAUGACAUUGGAAGUCAAUUUGUGCAUGAUCUGUUUUUCCUUUGUUCUAAUCCCUCUCAUUGUAAAGAAAUCAAACACCCCCACUUCCUUUUUUUGUUAUGCAAGAAACUGCGUUUUGUAACUUAUUCAAGACUUGUUUUGGGAAAAAAAAACAUAAUUGAUAUAGCUAUUCUACCUUUA